GAGGAGCAGCCCCAAUACAGAGGAUCUGCUGGGAAAUAGCUUGGUCUACAACUUGAGAGAGAGCAAUAGGUAGGUGAAAACUUGCUCUUGGACAAAUACACUUUAUAUCCUUUACCUGAACAUCGUACGAUGAUGUGACUAUUAACACAUGUCUUGCACUGAUAUUUUCAAGUCUUGUCCUCUGAUUGUCUUCCCUAAACUCCAAAGUAAUGACUAUCCGGUACAGAAAACCUGGUUAUUAUUUAACAAAUGACGGGCUGCCUGUUAAAGCCCAAUCCAACAGUUUUAAAGAAUUGAAAAUCUUAGUGUGUAUUUUGUGAAGAGUGCCCUUGGGCCAGGGACCCUCUUUGGAACCAGAAUCAAUCACCUGACUGAGCUGUAUGAGAAAGAAGGGGAAAAGGACAAAAUAAAAAAAUGGUAUCAAAUUUUGUCUUUAUUUUCCUGUGUUUCGUUGUUUCUCCCCAUUGACUCUCAGGUGAGGAUCUCAAGAAAUUAGUGCAUCUUUUAAAAAAUGAAACCACAACCAGCCUCCCUCUCCAGGUUUCUGUAGGAUUCUUGCAUCAAAGGUGGGUUGACAGGCUCUGUUCGCAGCUGAAUACCCAAUUUCUGACGCAAACAGAUGCCGUUAACCUGAAAGAUGAAAAUCAGAAUGUGUGAAUUUCUACGAAUACCAUCUCGAGACUGGGCAGGUGGCUGCGGUCGUGGUAUCCUCACCCUUGUAGUAAAGUAUUGUGGACCACGUUAUUCCUCUUUCACACAGUGCAUUUUUACACCUGUGCUAAAUAGGCAUUUUCUAAGCAAAAUGCUUUGUUUGCUCAAUAGAAGCAUAAAAAAAAAGUCGCACGGUGCGCUGCUGUCUACCUCCUCUUCUGCCUGCUAAUUGCUGUGGGUAAAGUGAUGAUUGUGCACUACCAUGUGACUCAGAAACAACUUUGCUGCGAACCACAAUUUUCUUUUGGGUAAGCUACGUCCCACCUGUAUGUAUACUUAAAUAUAACUGUGUAUUUGUUCCUAGGAAGGACCCAAACGCGUGUCACAAACCGCUGGCAACUGGAAGCACCAGGACUGGUGUAUUUAGAACAGGAGUGCUCUCUACCACUCAACACCUGGAGUGUUUACAAUAUGGAUGAAUACAACUUCUGCUGGCGCUGAACUACUGCUGGCUGCUCGGCAGAAUGGCCACGGAGGAGCGGCACCUCUCCUCUAGCUGUGGGUCCUUCAUCAAGACCGAGCCCUCCAGCCCAUCUUCUGGCAUCGACGCCAUCAGCCACCACAGCCCGAGCGGCUCCUCCGACGCUAGCGGUGGCUACGGCAUCGCCAUGGGUGGUCAUCCCAAUGGCCUAGACUCACCACCCAUGUUCAAUGGCACGGGGAUUGGCGGUGGGUCCUGCCGUAAGCGCUACGAUGACUGCGCCAGCGCCAUCAUGGAGGACUCGCCCACCAAGUGCGAGUACAUGCUCAAUGCAAUCCCCAAGCGGCUGUGCCUGGUCUGCGGGGACAUUGCUUCUGGGUACCACUACGGCGUGGCUUCCUGUGAGGCAUGCAAAGCCUUCUUCAAGAGGACUAUUCAAGGGAAUAUUGAAUACAGCUGCCCGGCCACCAAUGAAUGUGAGAUCACGAAACGGAGGCGCAAGUCCUGUCAGGCCUGUCGCUUCAUGAAAUGCCUCAAAGUGGGGAUGCUAAAAGAAGGUGUUCGUCUGGAUCGAGUCCGUGGAGGCCGCCAGAAAUACAAGAGGAGACUGGAUUCUGAGAGUAGCACUUAUCUGAGCUUACAGAUCCCUCCUCCAGCUAAAAAGCCACUGACUAAGAUCGUCUCCCACUUGCUGGUGGCUGAGCCAGAGAAGAUUUAUGCCAUGCCUGAUCCAACCAUGCCGGAGAGCGACAUCAAAGCCCUGACAACCCUUUGCGACCUGGCAGACAGGGAGCUGGUGGUGAUCAUUGGCUGGGCAAAGCACAUCCCAGGGUUUUCCAACCUCUCCCUUGGGGACCAGAUGAGCCUCUUGCAGAGUGCCUGGAUGGAAAUCCUCAUCCUGGGUAUUGUGUACCGCUCACUGCCAUAUGAGGACAAGCUCGUCUAUGCUGAGGACUACAUCAUGGAUGAAGAGCAUUCUCGUCUGACAGGGCUGCUGGAGCUCUACCUGGCCAUCCUACAACUGGUGCGCCGCUACAAGAAGCUCAAGGUGGAAAAGGAGGAGUUUGUCACGCUUAAAGCUCUGGCCCUUGCCAACUCAGACUCCAUGCACAUAGAGGACAUGGAUGCAGUGCAGAAACUCCAGGACCUUCUCCACGAAGCCCUGCAGGACUACGAGCUGAGUCAGCGCAAUGAGGAGCCCCGGCGAGCAGGCAAGCUGCUCCUGACCUUGCCCCUCCUGCGGCAGACGGCCGCCAAAGCUGUGCAGCACUUCUACAGCAUCAAACUGCAGGGCAAGGUUCCCAUGCAUAAACUCUUCCUAGAAAUGCUAGAGGCAAAGGUCUGACAGCCCCAGCGCCAGCCGACAAUGGCCGGGGAACAAACUAGAAACAAAGAUGCAGACAACGGAGCAAUCCAAACAGCAGCAGCAGCCACCGCCGGCUUUUAUCUCCAAUCAUUUAUUAUGGAAGAAUUAUUUAAUGUCUAUCUGUCGGCGUGACUGCAGAAUUUCAUGUACAGGAGGGGGGAAACUCUUUUAAUCAGUCACCUGUUUCUCUUUUUUUUCGUUUGUUUUCUCUGUGGGAAAUACCAGAAUAUGCUCUUGCACUUGUUGAGGCGGUCGCUGGGGCUCAGCCCCUCUGAGCAGUGAUGCUCAGUGCUAUCCAGGCCGCCUGCUCCCCAGCUCCCUUCACCAGUGCUGGAGAGGGAGUCGGGACAGAAGCAGGAAGAGAGGAAGAACAGAGUCAAUACAAACUUUAUUUGCUGGUGUUGUGAGGGGUCAGAUAGAAAGGGAAGCAGCAAGGGUCCUUCUUUUUUGUCACCUUUCUGGCUCUUAACUAUAGAGCAGCUGCUGCUUUGGAGAAUAGCAUUACUGGACUUCUACUGAUCAAAACAGCCGCUUCCCAGGCUCCUCUAGCAACAGCUAACACUUGUACAUACAGGCCCCACUCUGACCGGGAAAGAUGCUCCUGACUGUGUAAGAUAUUCUGCGACCUUGUACAGCGUGUCAUUACGCCUGGCUAGUCCCUCCCAUGUACAAUCCCUGCAGGCCCCUGAAGAGGUAGGAUGUAUGACCCUGAGAGAAUGCGAGUCUCCUGGCCCAGAUGGCAGGAAAAAGAUAAUGGCCCAGUGCUGUGCUUCAGUGCUGGGUUGACCUGGUAAUCUCUGCAUCCUCUUCUAUGUGGUGCUAACUACAGUUCUUCCACAGGUUUCACUUCGUAGUGUACCAAACCUGCCUCUUCAGCUCAGCUAUGUGCCAUUCUCCACUUGUUCCGUGUGGCAGAGAACACAAGGCUUUGUCUGCAUGGUUACUGCCCAAGUUUAAAUACACCCAAACCCAGGGUUUUCCUCAACUUCAUUAAAGUGAUAGCUCUUUGCCUCCACAGCAAUUUUGGCUUAUUGCCAGAUGCUAGUUAGGAAUCAAGGGCACUGCUUUUUGGAGGAGGCAGCUCUUGAGCUUGAGAGACUGCUUUUUUUGUGGUAGCCUAGGGAAAUAAAUUAGAGGGUGGCACGAAACCCCAGAUAGUCCAACUAUCAUCAUCUUCUGCCUCAUCCCAUUAUCGUCAACAGCAGCAAAAGAGCUAGCACAGGUUAUCCCUGGGCCUGGUAAGAGGUUCUCUUACUGAUGGGAGAGCAAUACUUGACCUUGAGAUGAUGGGAGAAGAAGCAGGGAAUAUUUACUUAUUUCUCUCAUGUAACCAGGUUCCUGCUGUCUCCGAGCCUUGGUUUAGAUCUGCUGCCUGAGCCAAAGCUGCCGUGUUUCCAGUAGCCAGAGGGUGAUGUGGGUGACUGACAAAACUGGCUGCUGGCAUUCUCUGAGAUGAUGUUUUCUAAGACACUUAGUUUUGAGCCAACCUGAGCUGUUGAAACCUGAAUGUAUUGUCUGGGUUGUGGUCAGUGGUAUAGCAGUAAAGGUGAGAAGGAGCCUCUGAUCUACAUUUGAGACAUUGCUAGCUCUAUUAUGUGUUCCCCUCAAGCUUCCAUCCCUUCCUGGUUAGCCCAGGAGAAAGGCGCUGUGCCAGAGGAGUAACUUACCCCCAGCAGGACGCUUUCCAAACCAGGGUUGAGGCGCGUGAUCACGGAGACACUGGGCGCUCGUUGGAUCAGAAUGUGUCACAGCAGAGCUGUCAGUGAUGCGGGACAACGCCCAGGCCAGCUCAGAGACUGGAGCCACUAACCAAUGCUGACGUCUCAGCGAUUCUAGCCAGCCUGCUCCUGCUACUUGGAUUAGUUCAGUUCCAUCUCCUUUGUCUUUUCCCUACAUUAUACAGUCGUAGCUACUCUCACUCAUUUUGUACUUACUUGAUAAAGGAAUUCUGUCUUGCUUCAGGCACAUUAGUAAACCAACAGAGACCUAAGGGGCAGUAGGUGCACGGGAGCUGGGACUGCUUCCAUGCUCACAGGAGUAGCAAUUACACAGUGGCCUUGUGCUUUGAACAGAUGCUUGUGCUUGUCUCCUCAGCUCCUUCCCAGAGGCAGCUAGGGAGAAAAUAAGAGGCUUUCGGUUGCACUCAUGACCCCUGUACCCACCUGUGACUGAGAGGGACCAAAGUGAAAUACACACCACUACUAUAGAGCCAGCCUGCCACGUGCUGCACCCUGGCAAUUCCUUCUGGUUCUGGCAUAAAUGCUCUCACAAAGGUGCUGGGUUGCUCUAUUGCUUGUAAGUUUGGCUAAUUUGCCCACUCUUGCUUCCCUGCCAAGUCCCACCCAGCUCAGCCACAGCACAUUGUGUCCAACCUGCUGUGCAAAGUUAGCUGUCCCAAAAUGGGCUGAAAAAAAUCCUAAGCAGCAGUUCUUACUCUCUUGGGCCAUGGGUGGGAAGAAGGGAAAAAAAAAAAAGGCUCUUCCAGCUUUGUUGUAUUUGGAUUUGGGUCUGCUUUCCAGAGCAGAGAGCGAGAACUAGCUACAAAACAUGAUUAUGGAGAGCUGCUGAGUUCACUUCUAUCCCCCAGGGCCUGCUGGCUAUUUCGAGUAGGGCUGCACUAUGGGGGUAUGCCUUGGUAGAACAAUAUGAAAAUAUCAAAUGCAUUUUUUUCCAGGACUUACUUUCUCC